AUCUAUAACUACGCUCAGCGACCGUUCAUUAGAAUGUCUUGGGAAGCUGAGGAGAAUAAGUCGCGUCAUGUAGACUUUCAAUGCGUCAAGAGCAAAUCCGUCAAUGACCUUAAUAUUUUGGAUCAACCCGGCAGCAUGGUAGGUGUUGACAACUCAUCAACCAUAGGGCAUCAACAGCAGCAGUUCCAACAACCUCAGCAACAGCAGCAGCUACUGUUUCUCCAGCAGCAGAUGCCUCAGUCGUCUCAACCAGGGCGAGGAUACGGAACCAAUAGUGGUGGACAGCACUUUGGAACAACUCGAACCAGGCGUGUUAUCAGAUCUGGAGGUCAUCAUGAAGCGGAGGAAGAUGAAGAAGAGGAUGACGAUGAGGAUGAAGAAGAAGAUUUACCAAGAAAUGGGGUUGAUUUUGAAGCGGAUCGUGCUAUUGGCUUCCCCACAGGAUUAGAUAAUACUCAUGUAGACAUAGAACGAGAGAGUGAGGUGAUGGAAGAUGGCGAAGAGUAUGCUGGAGAUGAGGAUGAGGAUGCUAAGAACGAGGGUGAAAGCGGCUCUGCUUCGAGAUGGCGAGCGGCAAAGAAGAUAGAGGCAUCUCUAUUCGAACCAUACGAGGGGGAUGAAGCAGAUGAUGCGAGUCCAGACUUUGACUUCCAAAUCCAAAAACCUUCGUAA